UUUCUUGGAAACUCACAUCUCUAUGUAUAUAGUUCAUUUUAGUUCAUUUCACUGAUAUCUCAACAAAUUAACACAUCCAUGGCAUCAUCAUCAUCGACUUCUCCUUCCUCUCCUGUUCUUUCUUCUCAGUCAUGUAAGUACCAUGUUUUUCUUAGCUUUAGAGGAGAAGAUACUCGCAAUACAUUUGUGGGCCAUCUCUAUUCGGCUCUUGAACAAGAAGGAAUCCACACUUACAAAGACGACGAAACACUUCCACGGGGCGAAUCGAUCCACCCAUCCCUUAUGAAGGCUAUUGAAGAAUCACAGAUAGCCAUCAUUGUAUUUUCAAAAAACUAUUGUGAUUCUUUGUGGUGUCUGGAUGAACUUGCACAUAUUAUGAAAUGCAGGGAUACCAGAGGACAAAUUGUUAUGCCUAUAUUUUACGAUGUGGAUCCCUCUGAAGUACGAAAACAAAAACGGAAGUAUGGAGAAGCAUUUGCUAAACAUGAGUUGGAGAACAAAACCAAGGUUGAAUCUUGGAGAAAAGCACUUGUGGAUGCAAGUAAUAUUUCUGGAUGGGAUCCUAAGCACAUUGCCAAUUGGCAUGAAUCAAAAGGCAUCAAACAAAUUGUUCUCGAAAUUUCACAAAAGUUGCAUCAAGUAACUUCGAGUGCUAACGAGAACCUGAUUGGAAUAGUGGCUCGCAUGAAACGUUUGAGAUCAGAGUUACAAGUUGGAUCAGGUGGUGUGCGGAUGAUUGGUAUAUGGGGGGUUGGGGGUGGUGGUAAGACUACUCUUGCCUCUUCUAUUUAUGAUGAAAUCUGUAGGCAGUUUGAUGGUUGCUGCUUUGUUCAAAAUAUUCGAGAGGAAUCAAAAAGAUAUGGUUUGGGAAAGUUGGAAGAAGAUAUUCUUUCAAAAAUGGGAGUAACCAGAGUUGGAGGAGGAAGAUGCAUGAUAAAGGAUAGGUUAUGCCAUAGAAAGGUCUUGAUUGUUCUUGAUGAUGUCGAUCACCUUGGUCAACUAAAAGCAUUAGCUGGAUCACAUGAUUGGUUUGGUGAAGGAAGCCGAAUAAUAAUAACAACCCGUGAUAAGCAUUUAUUAACCGCACACAAAGUAAAUGUGAUACACAAUAUUAGCUUGUUGAGCACUGAUGAGGCUAUUAAGCUCUUUUGCAAGCAUGCACCCCGGGAUAACAUGAGACCAGUGGAAGAUUAUGAGCAUCUUUCAAAAGAGGUGGUCUCUUAUGCUGGUGGGCUUCCAUUAGCACUUACAGUUCUCGGUUCUUUUCUGUGUGACAAAAAUAUUCAUGAGUGGAGAAGUGCAUUAGCCAGAUUGAAAGAGAUCCCAGAUACUGAAAUUCUGGAAAAGCUAAAAAUCAGCUUUGAUGGACUUAAACCAGUUGAGAAAGAUUUGUUCCUAGAUAUCGCGUGUUUUCAUAGGUGGGAAGACAAAGAUAAGGCAAUGAAGAUCCUCGAUGAAUGUGGUUUUCAUCCUGUUAUAGGAGUAAAGGUGUUGAUACAAAAGGCUCUCAUAACCAUUACGUAUGGAAGGUUUGAUAUGCAUGAUCUGGUGCAAGAAAUGGGACACCACAUUGUUAGAGGGGAACAUCCUAACAAUCCUGAAAAACAUAGUAGGAUUUGGAAGGAGGAAGAUGUUAUGAAAAUAUGUGCUAUGGAUGUAACAAUGGAACUCGACAUGAUUGAAGCAAUAAGCUUUGGAAAUCCUGAGGAUGAGUCACAAAGAUAUAACCAUCAUCCUUCGAUUGUUGCAAACACGAGGAACCUUAGGUGGAUUGAUUGUUGCUGCCGAAUUUGAAGACAAUUGAACUUCAUGGUUUGGAUCACCUAACCAUGACACCAAAUUUUUAUGGACUUCCCAAUCUUGAAAGAUUCAUUCUUAAUGGAUGUAUGUGUUUAGAAGAGAUUCAUCCAUCGAUUGGAUGCUUGGAGAGACUUGUUUUCUUACAUAUAAGUGGUUGUUUGAGUCUUAAGAUGUUUCCACCCAUUACCCGACUAAAGAAACUCGAGACCCUUUCAUUCCAAGGGCGCAUAAAUUUUUUUAAGUUCUCAGAGAUCCAAGAAAAGAACAUGGCGAAUUUACCACAUCUUGAUUUGGAUAACAGUGGGAAAGAAGUUGCAUCUUGUAUAGAAUCUUGUACAAAUUUUUUUGUUAAUUGUUGGAGGUGUGGUUGCAGCAUUUGUCCUGGUGUAGAAUGUUGUUUAGAGGAGCCUUCUUCCUCUCACAACAUGAAGCCUUGUUUACAUGAUCACAACAACAUGAACCACAUAGGGUUGCAGUUUUUUCUUAAGGACUUAAGAAUUUUGAAUCUUAGCUGCUGCUUGGGAGACGAAGAAAUUGGCUGUGCUGUUUGGGAGUUACCCAACUUGAAAGAACUUGAUCUAACAUCAAAUAAUUUUUCACAAUUAAAUUUUAGUCUCUUGCAACUUCCUCGACUCAAACUGCUCAAUGUGUCAAGGUGCAAAAGCCUUGUAGAAUUGUUAGAGCUGCCAUCAAGUAUAGCUGUUGUUACAGUGGAGGAAUGUAUGUCUCUUGAAAGCUUUGGAGAUCUUUCAAACUGCAAAUGGUUAUGGCACAUCUCACUUGAUGGGGAGAACAAACUUGGUGAUAGUGACAUAUUACUAGACUUCAUGCUCCAGGGAAAUGCUAGUGAACAUUACUUUAUCAAUAUCAUUCUUAAACAUAAGAUUCCAAAGAGGUUUGUAGGUUGGCUGUUUAGGGGGGAUACAUUUACACUCCAUCUUCCGGAUAAUUGGUAUGACGAAUUUUGCGGGUUCCUAAUAUGCGUUGUUACCAAAAUGAGAUAUCCGGCUAUAAAUAUAGUCAUGAAGCUGGAGGUAGAUGAAGAUAUUCUCUUUGAGAUUUGGAAAGAGUCAAAUGAAAUAGUGGAGCCUGUAUAUGAUGGAACAAUGACAUAUGUAGGAUAUGUUUCCUUUGGUUCAUUGAGGCACACCACAUUGUCGAGUUCAUCAUACAAUAUGAUUUCGGUUUCCAU